AUGGGUCUCGACGACAUUAUGGGUUUUGACGCCGGCGCGUACACAGCAAAGGUCCGCAAGAUGGACGCCGCAGAACUACGCCAGCGCGAGGUCUACAAGACGCGCCAGAUCUAUUCCGGUUCGUGGUCCCUCGGCGCCGGUAUCGGCUUGGCCUUUUUCACGGCCGGCAUCAGUCUCGCCGGCUCGGCAUACGGACUGAGGAGAAUAUCCAUAGCGGAACAGAAGCUCGCUAUCGUGCAAGAAGAACUCAAGAACCGCGAGCUGGCCCUCUACAAGGAGAGGAAACGAGACUUUUUGAUCCCCAUGGCCAUUGGCGUGGUCACGAUGGGCGUUAGCUGUGGCUCUUCGAUUGCCAUUGACGUGUCGAGUCACAUCCCGACUCAUGACAUCAGCUCUGCUGCUGUACAGCAUGCCAUGUUGGAGCCGAGUGCAGCCGUGCACGGAAUUACCGAUGGUGCACGCGAUCAAGCCGAUUCGGUGCUCGACACUCAUGUCUUUGGAUCUGCUGCGAAUUGCACAACAACCUCCGAUGUGUACGCCUUUACCACUGGAUAUCAAGUCGGAAUUCACGCCGCAUCUUCCGCCAUUAAGGAGGCCAUAGUCCAGACUGUCGAUCAUGGAGCACAGAAAAUGACCAAGGAGGCAUAG